UAAAAAUAAAUGUGAAACAUGCACAUCCGCGUGGCGGCACUCCCAGGCCAAGUGGCGACAUUCGUAUCUUAUCCGGGGCGGAAGCAAUCUACUAAAAGUUGACCAUGAAGUACGGAUAAGCCGGUUAAUUAUCGCUGGCAAUUGGACAUUGGCUAGUUACACAAUAAUAGUUAGAAGUGGCUGGACUUUUGAGCAGUUCGCGCCUGGCGUCCAAAACAACCACAACAGUCAGUAGAAUCGUAUUGAAACAUGGUUGCAUUGAGCACAAACAGGCGCCGGGAGGAGCAGCCCGUCACAAACAUCCUCGAGGAUAAGCGGAUCUUUCCCGAAUUCCGCGGCGGACCUUUGGACGAAUACCGGCAACGAGCGAGCUUCUGCUACAAGCGCAUGAACAUGGUGCUUGAGGGCGAGGAGCACAUCCGUCUGAAGCAUAAGGUUUGGCAGUGGAUGGAGCAACACCCUGAUUACCAGCGGGAACCAGAGGGGUCAAGCCUGGAACGCGUCCGCGAGAUGGCCAACAAGCGGCAGCACCUCCUCUGGGAGCAACAGUUCUACGGUGUUAACGAGUACUUGGAAUCCCCGCACCUACUUCUGGCUUUCGGGCAGGCAAUCUUUAGCUACGAUUUUAGCACCUCGGUUAAGUUCGGCCUGUCAACGGGUAUGUUCCCCAGCACCCUGGUCUCCAACGGAUCUGGUCGCCUGGGCAAGUAUGUGGCCAAGAUCGCCGAUAACCGCAUUUUAGGGGCCUAUGCCCUCACUGAGAUCUCUCACGGCACCAAUGCACUUGGCAUGCGCACCCGGGCGACUUACGACAUAAAAAGGCAGGAGUUUAUUAUCCAUACGCCGGACUUUGAAGCGGCCAAGUGUUGGGUCGGCAACCUAGGCAAGACCUGCACCCACGCUAUCGUUUACGCGCAAUUGUUCGUUCCUGAUGACAAGCACCAGGGCCUGCAGGCUUUUCUUAUUCCCAUUAGGGACGAGCGUACUCUGCUGCCCUUCCCUGGUGUUACAGUCGGUGACAUGGGCGAGAAGAUCGGUCUAAACGGCAUCGACAAUGGCUUUGUUAUGUUUAACCAGUAUCGCAUACCGAAGGCUAACCUUCUGUCUAAAACCGGCGACAUCGAUGCGCAGGGCAACUACACCAGCCAAAUUAAGGACGAGCGUAAGCGACUUGGCGCCUCUUUAGGCGCCCUCUCUGUGGGCCGCGUCAACAUUACUGCUAUUACGUACGUUGCAUUAAGCAAGGCAGUGUCGAUCGCUACCCGAUACGGGGCCAGCAGGCGGCAGUUCGGUCCUACGAAUAGCCCAGCGGAGUGGCCCGUGAUCGAAUACCAAUCACAGCAAUAUCGGCUUAUCCCCCACUUGGCCACAGCAAUCGCAUUGCGUGUUGUUACGCUCUGGAUAGGAAAGGAAAACGUGGAUUUGACCAUGAAGGGCUUCACUGGUGAGGAUACGUCGCAGACGGGCAUGGAGAUUCACGCCAUUUCUUCGGCAUUAAAGCCGGUGGCCACAUGGGCGGCGAGGGAUGGCAUCCAGGAGUGUCGUGAGGCCUGUGGGGGACAUGGCUACCUAAAGUCAUCUGGAUUAGGAGACCUCCGAAACGACAACGAUGCAAACUGCACAUAUGAGGGCGAAAACAACACGCUCAUUCAGCAAGCAUCAAAUUGGUUAAUCAGUCUUCGACGCAACAACGCUGACUUCGUGGCCGUGUCUCCGUUGGAGACAGUGUCCUUUCUUAAGGAUAUGGAAGAUCUUCUACAAAGCAAGUGCCAGGAGCGUACACCUGCCGAAUCCAUGGAUGCGCUUAAUCUUUUAAAAGCGCUUAACUGGCUUACCGCCUGGCAGUUGGAAACAACGGUCAAACGGGUCGAGCAACAGCAGCGUAAUGGGAAGGAUGCGUUUGAAACGCGUAACAAUAUCCAGGUCUUUGCUGCUCAAAAGCUUUCUAUAAUAUACGGCGAGCGUACCAUCUACUACGUGUUUUAUAAGUUUGUGCGCAGCCUGCCCGACUCUGCUGAGAAGCAGGUGCUGCAGCAGGUACUCUCCUUCUAUGGCGCACAUUUGGUCAUUAAGUACUCUGCUGUUUUUUACCGCGGUGGCUAUUUUCGCGAAAACUCGCAACAACUAGACCUGUACGAGCAGGGCAUCUUGGGUUUACUUCCCCUUCUGAAGGAUGAAGCCAUUGCUCUGGUGGAUGCCAUUGCCCCCUCUGACUUUAUUCUAAACUCACCCCUGGGAAUGAGCGAUGGAAAUGUCUACCAGCAUCUUCAACGCACGAUUGUUUCCACUCCAGGUGUAUACGAGCGCCCCCAUUGGUGGCGAGAUGUUACUUUCAAGGACUACCUUAAGCGCGCCAAAUUGUAGUUUUAUAGAAACUGGCCGCACUUACAUUCGCACUUGUGCAAUAUUUAUAUUAAGCUUUUGAAGUUUCUUUUCAUUUGAUGUACGAGUGUAUGUAUUAACCAGGAGAUUUUGAUACAAACCCCUAAUCAUGUUAAACACAACGUAUAAACCCAUUAAAAUUAAUACAGUAACGUGA